AUGGGCUCAGAAACCCUAAACCCUACUACAAAACUACUCCCCAUCAUAGAUUUCGCCCAACCGGACCUCAAACCAGGGUCCCCUUCAUGGGACUCGGUCAGAAAUCUUGUUCGACAAGCCUUGGAAGAGUACGGUUGCUUUGAGGCAUCCUUUCCUAGAAUUCCUUUGGAAGAUCGUAAAAAUACCUUCUCUUGUUUGGAGGAGGUCUUUGAUCUCCCUUUACAAACAAAGGUCAAGAACACUUCCAAUAAGCCUUAUCAUGGCUAUGUUGGCCAGUACCCGACAGUACCUCUUUACGAGAGCAUGGGCAUCGACGGAGCACAGAUGGUUGAAAACGUUGAAGAAUUUACUAGAGACAUGUGGCCAGAAGGAAACGUUACUUUUUGCAAAAAUAUGCAUUCAUUUUCAAAGCAAGUAUCUGAGCUGGACCAACUAGUAAAAAGGAUGAUUUUUGAGAGCUUUGGAGUGGAGAAAUAUUUGGACGAGCACAUAGAAGAAAGCAACUAUCUCCUUAGGGUUCAAAAAUACAAAGGCCCCAAAACAACUGAGCCACAACUAGGCAUCACCUCACACACGGACAAAAGCUUCCUCACCAUUCUCUACCAAAACCUCGACGGUUUGGAGGUUAAGAGUACCAAAGAUGGGGAUUGGAUCAAAGCCCGUUGCUCUUUGGACUCCUUCAUCGUCUUGAUUGGAGUUUCCCUUCAUGCAUGGCUUAAUGGGCGUCUAUGCCCUACAUUUCAUAGGGUGACGAUGACGGGGAAUGAGGCACGUUACUCGCUUGGUCUAUUCUCGUUCCCUAAUCAAGGGUAUGUGAUAAAAGCGGCCGAGGAGCUUGUAGAUGAGGACCAUCCUUUGCUUUACAAGCCUUAUGACCAUGUUGAGUUCUUGUCUUUCUACCACACAGAAGAAGGACAGAGGUCUGAGGACGCACUUAAGGCCUAUUGUGGAGCUUAA